AUGUUUGUUCCUGCUGUCUAUCGCACUCUGUCUGCUGGAAGAUCGUCCUCCCGUCUGGGCUCCUCUGCCACUGCAAUGCUCAACCCCAUGCGCACAAAUGUCUCUCUCAUCCCCCCCAAUGUCUCUUCCAUGCGUGAGCUCGGUCGUCUCCAAUCUGCCUAUCCUCAAGCCCAUCCAGAGAUUUUUGCUCGUAUGACUGCCUUUUACAAGGCUGUUCCCAAAGGACAGGCCAAUGCUGUCAAACCAACCACCUUCUGGGGAAAGUACUAUGAGAAAUAUGUCGAAAAUGACUCGCUUUAUCCCAUUCUGCAUGUCAUUGGUGUCAUGAUUCCUAUCGGCUUCUAUAUCCAGUACUACGCUGGUGGUCACUAUCAUCCAUCAAGGGAGUUCCAUUAAUUGCUGAAUUCUAGAAAUGAACCAUUUCAUGUUAUUCCU